UAAAUUUGGAUCACAAGCGCGCUGCAGUUCUGACCGACAACAAUUCAGCUAAAAUACAAUACCCAGAAGCCUUUGCGACACUCGCGGAAGUCCUUUUUCUUUCUUUCCGCCGUCACCGUAGUCCCUUUUGGAUUUACACCGGCGGUCACCAUGGCAGCCCUGAGGCCCCUCAUAAAACCCAAGAUCGUCAAGAAGCGUACAAAGAAGUUCAUACGCCACCAAUCUGACCGAUAUGUUAAGAUUGCGAGGAACUGGCGUAAGCCCAGAGGUAUUGAUAACAGGGUCCGCAGGCGCUUCAAGGGUCAGAUGCUGAUGCCCAACAUCGGUUACGGUAGCAAGAAGAAGACCAAGUACAUGCUGCCAACUGGCUUCAGGAAGUUCUUGGUGCACAACGUCAAGGAGCUGGAGGUCCUGAUGAUGAGCAACAAGUCCUACUGUGCUGAGAUUGCCCACAAUGUUUCCUCCAAGAACAGGAAAGUGAUUGUGGAGAGGGCUGCUCAGCUGGCCAUCAAGAUCACCAACCCCAACGCCAGGCUCAGGAGCGAAGAGAAUGAAUAAACUGGUCCUUCACAAUAAAUGUUCUAUAAAGGAAA